AUGACUGCCAAGAUUACCUUAAUCCUGACUACCAGUUUCAAGGUCCUUAAUAUGGAGAGCAAAGGCUUGAUGAAGUCAAGAUGCUUUGCUCUGCUCCUAGUUUCAAUUCCCAAGGCCAAAACCAAUGACAUUCCCAAGGCCAAAACCAACGACAAAAAUUCUGGUGCUUUUGCUUCAGAUGAAGAAGAGCUCGGUGAUCAGGAAGCCAGUGAAAACGCUGACAACGACAGUAAUUUAACCAAUCAGGGGAAACUCGCUCCAUCUCUGGCAAAACCUCACUCCAUAUCAGGAAUACUGACAAAGGUUGAUUUUGUCAUCCAACGUAUUAAAUCUUCUUCUUCAUAA